AUGAAGGACCCGCAGAUUACAGCCAUCAAAACGCGGUUGUGGCCAAAGCAGAAAGGGAGUAAAAAAUCCAAAGAUGAGCCUUCAAAGGUAGAGAAGAUAACCAAGCCUGUACCUUCCUCUGCCACAAGUGCCAUUCCACAGCUGACUGAAGCAGAGAGAAUGAGGCAGUCACCGUUUGAGAGGGUUGUCUAUGACAUGGCCCACAACGAGAGGAUCAUCAAUGACCUGAUGCUUGGUCGCAGGGUCGGCUUCUACGAGCUGCGGGGAGAGAUUGGGCAGGGUAGCUUCUCUUCUGUAAGGCUGGGCAUCCAUGCUUUAACAAAAGAGAGAGUUGCUGUCAAAGUCGUCGACAAGAUGCGUUUGGAUAAGAAGGGCCAACCUUUGAUUGCCUCUGAGAUCAGUUGCAUGGAAAAGAUGUGCCACCCAAACAUAGUGCGUUUGUACGAGGUGAUCGAGACCAGCAGGAAGCAGUAUCUGGUAAUGGAGUAUGGCAGCGGUGGAGACCUGUUCUCUCGAAUCACCACCAGGGGGAAGCUUAGCGACCUGGAAACCAAGCUGGUCUUUGCACAAGUCAUCUCUGCUGUUAAACACAUGCAUGACAACAACAUUGUCCACAGAGACCUUAAGGCAGAGAACAUCUUCUACACCACCACCUACUGCAUCAAGGUCGGUGAUUUUGGCUUCAGCACUGAGAGCAGCCCCAGUGAUCUUCUCACCAAUUUCUGUGGGUCACCACCGUAUGCUGCUCCUGAGCUGUUCAGGGAAAAAGGUUACAAUGGGCGCUACUCAGACAUCUGGGCUUUAGGCAUCCUCUUGUACUUCAUGGUGACGGCCACUGUUCCAUUUUUUGGGGACACACUUGGAAGGAUGAAGCGCUGCAUCCUUCAAGGGGCCUACAGUAUCCCUGCUUAUGUGCCCGAUCAAUGCCAGUUGGUGAUAAAGGGCAUGCUGCGCCCUGUCCCUAUUGAUCGCUCCCCUCUCACAUGUAUUUUAAACGGUGCUUGGCUGAAGGGGAUUGAGUACCCCUCUCCAUAUGUGUUGUUGCCCCUGUCCCCAGCCCACUUUGCCCAGGCCGACCAGACUCUGUGCGUGGAGGAGCAGGAGGUGAAGAGCUUACUGUCAGAUCUCGGCAUUGUGGCAGUUCAUUUUCAAAACAAUCCCUGCUUAGACUGUAAGAGUCCUUUGACAGGGACUUACCGGAUCCUCCUCCAUCAAGUCCAGAAGAGGAGGUCAGUAGAGGCUGUUGGCUAUUCAGCACUUCACCCUGAUGAGUACAGGAAUAUGAGGAAAUGGGCUGCAUCACCCGUGGACAAACACAAUCCCUCUGCAGUCUGUGUUAUACUGUGA